CUGAAAGGCACUAAGGCAGCGGUCACUUCCCAGCGGACAGCCUCCUCUGCAGCCUCCAGACUCCCGCUUCAGAACAGACGUUUUAAAAGCCACGUGUAGCUGCGGAGGAAAGGGGACUCCCCACUGAGAGCAGGCUGAAGCCGCGGUGCACAGGGAUGGAUUUAAACAGAUGAUAGCUGACCGCAUGAGAGAUGCUGCAGGAAAAGCUUUCCGCUGUGACGGAUGAAUGUAUGAGGGUGCAGACCGAGGGGGACAGGGACCCCCUAACAGACCAGUCCCGACUGGCCCUAUCCACAGCUCCGAACAUUCCCAGCUCCAGUGAGCCUGACCAGAACAUUGAGAACAUUAAGGUUGUUCUUCAUGAAAGGGAGCUGUGGAAGAAGUUCCACGAGGCCGGCACGGAAAUGAUCAUUACUAAAGCAGGCAGGAGGAUGUUUCCCAGCUACAAGGUUAAAGUGUCUGGGAUGAACCCCAAAACUAAAUACAUCCUACUUAUUGACGUUGUUCCAGCUGAUGACCAUCGCUACAAGUUCUGUGAUAACAAGUGGAUGGUGGCUGGCAAGGCCGAACCAGCAAUGCCUGGCAGACUCUACGUGCACCCUGAUUCCCCCGCCACAGGAGCUCACUGGAUGAGGCAAUUGGUGUCAUUUCAGAAGCUCAAGCUUACAAACAAUCACCUAGACCCUUUUGGGCAUAUCAUCCUGAACUCUAUGCACAAGUAUCAGCCCAGACUACACAUAGUUAAGGCCGAUGAAAACAACGCCUUUGGAUCUAAGAACACUGCCUACUGUACUCAUGUCUUUCAUGAAACAGCCUUCAUCUCUGUUACCUCUUAUCAAAACCAUAAGAUCACUCAGCUGAAGAUAGAAAACAAUCCGUUUGCCAAGGGAUUCCGGGGUAGUGAAGAAGGAGAUCUGCGCGUCUCAAGACUACAAGGGAAAGAAUAUCCAGUGAUUUCCAAGAACAUAGUCCGACAGAGGCUCAUCUCCUCACAUAGUCACCUAGCAGGAAAGCUUGGAGCAGGAGUUCUCACAGGACACCCUCAAGUACUGUCUUCUUAUCAGUAUGAGACUGGGGUUCCUUUGUCUAACUCAGACCCCCAAGAUCCUAUCUCGAACCACUUUCCUCAGAGCAGAGAUCCCAGCCUUCUGUAUCACUGCUUCAAACACAGAGAUAACGCCCGACACCUAGAGCUUGGAUGUAAGCGGCCAUAUCUGGAGACAUCAUCUGCAGUCUCAGAGGAGCAUUACUUUCGUUCAGCAACGUCUUAUGAGUCGCCCUUACUGUCGCAUCCUUACUGCACUGAGGCAAUCACCUCUAGAGAAGCUUGUAUGUACGGCAGUAUGGAAACAGAGUCUGGAUCUGGGGUAGGGGAUACAGAUGACCUGACCAACCCCUCUUCAAUAAAUUGCAACAUGUGGGCGACAAUGCAGCCCUAUCCUCGUUAUGGCAUGGAGGGUGUGCCCUACCAGCCCUUCACAGCUCACUUCACCAAUACUGCCACAGUCACACCAGUUGUACCACAACCAACAUCAUCAAUGGCGUCUCGACCACCUUCUGACUUGGGGGUCUACAACCCAGCUACGGUUCAGCGAGGUCUGCCCGUUAUACCUCCUUCGUCCUCCUCUUCAUCCUGCUCUCCAGCUGUUUUGGGUUCCAGAGAUAGGUCAGGGCAUCCACCUUUGUACCACAAGAAGCCAGGGUCACCGCUCCGGCCUCACAGAGAUUUCUCAGCCUAUCCCUCACAGGGUACAAUAUCAAUCCGGGAUCCAUCCUAUCAGUACCAAGUUGGGCUGAGUAGCGCAGGAACUCACUGGACUGACAGCUAACAUGGACAACUGUAGAACCCAUUUUUUUAAGGUAAAAAUCUGAAAUAAUCUAGGUUCAAAACCCCACUUUGUGCUGCUGAUGCCAAGCAACAAUAAUGAAGUACAGCCAUGACCAUUGCCAAAUUGCACUCCAAAACCACUCAGAUACAUUUGUUCUCACUGAAGCACCAUGACAUACAACAUUGUAUGUGGUGUGGUGAACAGUGGCGGACCCCCUUACUUAUGCAGAUGUUUAGCAUAUGAACAGCACAAAGUCUAUCAGAGGCAAAAGUAAGCUCAAGGGAACAAGACGUGUUGAUGAGUUUGCAAAGUCUGAGAGUAGCUCACAACAUCCAUAAAGUGUCAGCUACCUAACCUAGAGUAAAGAGGAUAGCUUUCCAGAAAAAAACAAAGAUGAAGUCAAAUCAAUAAAUGCUGUGCUUGCCCUUGAAGAGGAAGAGAGGUUUGUAAAAUAUGUGUACAUGAUUGUUUUUUCAGUGAAAACUGAGCAAUAAGGGUUCCUUCACUUCUUGUUGAGCUCCACCUUGAUAGAGCAAGAUUGCAGUUAUUCCACAUUUUUCUUAUUGUCAACAAAGAAGAGAUAAACAAACUACUUUGUUAGCCUACCCUGCCUGUAUUACAAAUAUGUAAGCUGAUUGGGGUGAAAAUGUAUAUCUUUAAAAACUGGUCACAAAUAUACAGUAAGUACAGUCUCAACAUUUCCCCAAAACAGCAGGCAAUUGUAGUUUUGUACAAAAUCAAAUUUGUUGAAAAAUGUUUUCAUCUGUAAUUUGAGUUGGUGCAGACAGUCAACUCAAGUCCACAUACUUAUCUCAAUGCAAAAUAAAUCUAACGCAUCCUAUAAGUCGCUGCGGCAAGGUGGUAUACUUAAUAAAUAUGGAGCAAGUACUUAAUAUACUUAGUAAACGUAUGCAACAGUGCUGCUCAUUGAUGAUGAACAAAAAAUGUGUCGUUUCAAUUUGUUCAUGGCACUUCAAAAAAAUACACAAAACCCACAACUUUUAGAAGGGCCUAGGAUUGGGUUUCAAAAGGGUAUUAAAGAUUUAAAAAUCCCAGCCAACAUACCUGGAAUCCUAAUUAUUUAUCUGUGCCAAAUGAGAUUUGCUACAGUGUAAUGUAUAGGGUAACAGUGCAUUGAGUUCACUGCCAGGAUCAUAUCAUAUCCACAAAUAUAUUAAAUUAGCCAGCUAUUUAUGAGAGUUUAUUUUCCCAUAUUGUACAUACAGAUUAUUUAAAUGGAGGAAUAUGUGCACCAAAAAUCAUCAAUUAAAAAAGUUGUUAGUGAAUGGGAUACUUUUAACAAGCCUAUGAUGUUUGCAUACUAGCAAUCAUCAGAAGAAAUGUUGUGAGUCAAGACUUAGCAAUACUACUGUGGUUGUUCGUCAAAGCUUGAUUCAAAACAAUAUUUUUGUGAAACGGGACAGCAACCUGAUGCGGGCUUAAGGAACAUUUUUUAAGCCAUGGUGAGUACUGGAGAAGAGAGCUGCACACAAAUCCUACUUACUUACUUGGAAAAAAAAUCCUUGCUACUACAAAUAGAAAACAGGAUAAGCAUGCUGAACGCUGAAAGAAGAAGGCUCUUUGUAGCCAUGAAUCCAUGGGAGUGUAAACUUGCAAUGACAAGGAAAGAUGAUCUGUAUGGUAUGAAGAUGAUCUCUCAUGCAUUAGUGCAUUGUCCCUUCAUUUUAAAUUAUGUAAAAUUACAUUUUGAAAUAUAUGGACAUUUUUGCACUCCUAAUGAAUAAACAUUUUCUUUCUUCUUCUUCUAAUUGUUGCUAUAUUUAAUUAUAGACCAGCAUUGUACUUAUACAUUUUAACCCCACUUUAUAAAGAGAUGACCAUGUUUGGCCUUUUUCAACUCAUUAUGGAUAAUAGGGACCUUUUUGAUUGUUUGCUUUUAUGGAUUUAAAAGAGAAUGUCACAAAAAAGUUUUUCUUGCUCAAUUUCAUAAUCCACAAAACACAACAGUUUAAAAAUAUAUAUAUGUAUAGUAAAGAUGUUUUACCAAAAAGCCAUACAAUAGUCAAAAUGCUGAUAUUAUAAUACCAGGUUGCCAGUUAUUCCAGUGUUCUGUCCGCAAAAAACUCUGUACAU